AUGUCCCAUUCCAUGUCGACGCAGGAGCAGCAGCUCUGUCAGUUCUUGGCAGAGCUGCCCGCACACUUUAACUACCGCUUUACCGAAGAAGCUUCUCGCGAACUAUUAACCAGCCUGUUCUGGUCUCUUGCUGGCGGCAGCAACGAAUACAUGCGACUUCUCUUCCCGGAUGGUAAACCUGGAGAGAGCCUAAAGCUAAGCGACUCUCAAGGCGCAGUUGAAGGCGCCGAGUACACCGAAGCGGCGCGGGGAAAACGAUGUGGACAUAUCUUCAAGCCUGGUGAAGCAUCAUACAUGUGCCGUACCUGUGGUACUGACGAAACUUGCUGCCUGUGCGCCCGGUGUUUUGACUCGACCGACCACACCGGACACAUGGUUAGAAUCCACAUAUCUGUGGGAAACAGUGGUUGCUGCGAUUGUGGAGAUGACGAAGCAUGGCGGACACCUCUGUUCUGCACAAUCCAUUCUAAUGUCCAAGGAGGUACCGACAAGGGCAAAGGAAAGGAGGCAGCCGGUCUGCCUGAGGAUCUUGUGACGAAUUUGCAGAUGACUAUUGGUCGCGUAUUCGAUUACAUCUGCGAUGUUAUCUCAUGCUCUCCAGAGCAGCUCCGGCAAGCCAAAACGCAAGAUUCGAUUCUCGAAGACGAACAGUCAUCACGGCUCCUGUCCAAAUACUAUGGUUCCGAAGCAGAACAGUGCAAUGAAUUCGCACUUGUUCUAUGGAACGAUGAGAAACACACUGUUCAGGAAGUUCAAGACCAAGUUGCUCGUGCUUGUAGAAAAAGCCGAAAGCUGGCGGCAGAGAAUGCUUGGGAGACAGAUGCGAUCGGACGGAGUAUACUUACCUACUUGUCGGAUGUUCCCCGACUCUUGGAAAUGGCUACGAUUAUGGAGGCUAUCAGAGUUACGGUCACCAUUCGGUCUGCAAGAGAUACAUUCCGUGAACAAAUGUGCGGCACACUCGUCGAAUGGUUGAGCGAUAUUUCUGGUUGCUCAGUUGGUCAUGACAACGGUAUCCUCCGGCGAACUGUCUGCGAGCAAGUUAUGAAUCCUUGGCGUAAGGGCAGCCAAGCGACUCAUACGCUAGGCUUGAUAGACGAUGAAGAGGAGGAUGAUCAGAUCGUUGACAGUAGACGCCGCUUCGAUGGUAUGAAUGCUAGAUUCAUCUUAGCAUUGCAGGCUGCCGCGGGGGCUGGCGCCGGUGUUCAAAUAGAUAUCGAGGAUGAGGACGAUGAGGACGAAGACGACGUUGAUGCAGAUAUGGACGACCAGGCUCAGCACUCUCCUUCGAGUUCCGUGGCUGGAGGCGAUGAAGAUGAGGAUGAAGAUGUUAUGAUGGUCGAUGCCCGAGGAGACGUGGGAGACCUUGGUAUGAAUUGGCGAGACAACGAUCAAGCCUUGGAAGAAGACGAAGCGACAAUGGCAGGAUAUCCGCCUCCACCUCCGCCACCUGCUGCUCAGGCUCAGCCCCAGGGUCAGACCCAGCCGGAAGCCUCUACUAGGACUGGAGACAGAGAGGCAACGCCGUCCGACUCUGACACAGCGGAACCCUUGAUCGCACCGUCAAUCUACGCCAAGGCAAAUGCUGAAAUUCCCAAGACGCCUGGUAGAACUGAGAAGCUGGUCCCCAGACCUGGAAAUUAUUGGAUUGAGACACCCGUCAUCUAUGCGCAGCGCGAAAACGUACCCCCAGCUGAGGAUGUAUUCCGCCGCGUUCGUCUCGAUUGGCUUCUGCUAUUCGAUCUUCGAAUGUGGAAGAAGGUCAGGAACGACCUUCGAGCCUUGUAUAUUUCUACUGUCGUAACCAUACCCGAGUUCAAGCGAGUGUUGGCUCUGAGGUUCGCCAGCCUUUACACCAUUCUGGCCCAGCUCUACCUAGUCGGAGACAGAGAACCAGAUCACUCCAUCAUCAACCUUUCUCUUCAGAUGCUCACCACCCCAUCCAUCACCGCUGAAGUUGUUGAGCGCGGUAAUUUCAUGACCAGCUUGCUGGCGAUCCUCUAUACUUUCUUGACAACUCGUCAGGUCGGCCACCCCUGGGAGGUUUCCCCUGAUGCGGUGCUUGGAUUUGAGAGCGGAUCCGUCACCAACAGGCGUAUGUAUCACUUCUACCAAGAUCUUAAGUACCUCUUUGGUGCUCCUCAUGUACAGGAGCGUGUGAGAUGUGAACCUCGCUAUCUCAUGCAAUUCCUUGAUCUUGUCAAACUCCAUCAGUGCAUAGGGCCGAAUGUGAGAGCUGUGGUUGAGCACGUAGAAUAUGAGGCUGACUCCUGGAUCACGGCUUCCCUCGUGACCAGGCAGAUCAAUCUGCAAGCUCGAAACCUUGCCGAGGCGUUCCGUAACUGCCCGCCUGAUGAGUUCCAUUACCUGCAGAAUGCAAUUCGCUUCACGGCGAAAACAGUUAUUUUGAACUCGAUUGGCGCCGAACGCCAUCGAUUCAAACAAGGAGAAAUUAAGGAUGAGGUGCAGUUCAAGACAUUGAGCGAUUUUGAAUUCGAGGGCGAGGACGCAUCUUUUGAUGUUGUCAAAUUUGUUGUUGAAAAGGAUGCAAUCAGUUUCCAUCAUGCCCUGCACUAUACACUCUCUUGGCUCAUCGAGUGCGGAAGAUCAUUGCCUGUGUCUACAGUACGAAAUCUGCUGAGCUUUACUCAACAAGAGCUCAAGUCAAAGCCGAAGCUUAUGGGUCGACCUCAAGUCCCACGCAAGAAUUAUACUGCAGAGGAUUAUCUCAUUGCAACAUUCGAUUUUCCUUUGCGCGUCUGCGCUUGGCUUGCCCAAAUCAAAGCCAACAUGUGGGUUCGUAACGGAAUAAGCUUGCGACACCAAGCCAGCACAUACAGGGGUGUUGGCCAACGAGAUGUGUCUCAUCACCGAGAUAUUUUCCUUCUCCAAACCGCUUUGGUGGUGUGCAACCCUAGCCGAGUGUUGGCUUCGAUCGUCGACCGCUUUGGAAUGGAGAGCUGGGUCAAAGGCCUGUUCGAACUCAAGUCAGAGGCACAAGAUGAUGCACAGCAUCUUGAUGUUGUCGAGGACAUGAUCCAUCUCCUCAUUGUUUUGCUCAGCGAUCGUACGUCUCUAAUCUCAUCGGAGGACGAGGUCCAGUCCAGACUGUUGGCUAUGCGCCGUGACAUUAUUCAUGUGCUGUGUUUUAAGCCUCUCUCAUUUAACGAGAUCUGUAAUAAGCUUCCAGAGAAGUAUCAGGAGCAAGAGGACUUCCACCGGGUUCUGGAUGAAAUGGCUAUUUUCAAGCCACCCGAGGGUGUUUCUGACGUCGGUACUUUCGAGCUGCGGCCAGAGUUCAUCGAGGAGAUUGAUCCUUACAUUGCACACUACAACAAGAAUCAACGAGAGGAGUCUGAGCUAGCUUAUCGAAAGAAGAUGGCGAAGCGAACAGGAAAGACGGUUGAUGAAAUCGUGUACGAGCCCAAAGCCCGACCAGUCCCUUCGGGUAUGUUCGAAGAACUUGGGGCUUUCACCAGCACAGGCAUGUUUACUCAAGUCAUAUACUACUCGCUUCUCUACCCCUUGAUGGCUGGCAAGUUUACCCCUUCCAUCCCUUUCACUCGGUUGGAGACGUUUCUUCAAGUCGUUUUACACCUCAUGCUCAUUGCGAUCCUCGAGGACAAGUCGAACGACGAAGAUAUGAAUGAAGAAUCAACCAAGUCAUUCACAUACAUUGCUCUUACAAAACCUGGACGCAGCAACUUCUUGCCUGUUCCUGAGAAAGAGACAAGGACCAUUGUCUCUUUACUCAAUAUGAUGUCGACCAAAGAUGAGUUCAAGGCAGUCCAUCCUAAGGUUGCGCUGGUUCUCAAGCGAUUACGCCAGAAGCGUCCUCGUACAUUUGAGUCUGCAUUCGUGACCUUGGGGGCUUCCGUCGAUCGCAUCAACACCGCUUCACCUGCCAACACAUCUGUUGAAGAGGAGCGUGAAAGGAGAAAGAAGGCAGCUCUGAGCCGCCAAGCCAAGGUCAUGGCACAUUUCCAACAACAACAGAAGAGUUUUCUGGAGAACCAAGCCUCUAUCGACUGGGGCAGUGAUAUAGAUGAAGAUACAGACGAAGAAGGGGAAGAAGAGCAGACUGAGGAUCGGAAACAUAACUGGAAAUAUCCUGUGGGUACAUGUAUCCUAUGCCAGGAAGAGCCAGACGAUCGCCAUCUCUACGGAACAUUUGCUCACUUCAACGAAAGCCGUGUCCUACGACAAACUGAUUUCCAAGACCCUGACUUUGUUCGCGAAGCAUCACAAACCCCUUGCAGCCUUGACCGAUCGGCCGAGGAUGUACGACCAUUUGGUAUCGCCCACGAAAACAGAAAGAUGGUAGAAAAGAUCAACGCUCAAGGCGAGACUUUCCUUGCGGAGAGACAAACGAUUGGUAAAGGAUUCCCCUCCAACGUAUGCCGGCCAGGUCCUGUGGCUAGUGGUUGCGGACAUAUGAUGCAUUACCGUUGUUUUGAGGUCUACUACGAAGCAACUGUUAGGCGUCAUACACAUCAAAUCGCUAGGCACCAUCCUGAGGACACCCGACGUAAUGAGUUCGUCUGUCCAUUGUGCAAGGCUCUGGGAAAUGCGUUUAUGCCUAUCAUCUGGAAAGGUAUAGAUGAGUCGUACCCAGGCUACCUACAGUCACAGAGUACAUUUGACGACUUUGUCGAGAAACAGCUUGGGUCUGCUUACUGGAUUGGUGGAAGCAAGGCACGUGAGGAUGAGCCAGCCGUGCCUGAUAUGUUUACCCCAAGCCUCCCAGGUAGCCUCGUUGAGUCUCUUCUUCCAGCCCAAGCUUCGAGUGAAAACACAUGGGGAAGAGAUGAUGCCGAGUCUCACUCAUCAACUGUCGGUACGCCCGUUAGUUAUGCGUUCUCUGACUCGAUUACCCCUGAGCCGGCACAACCUCAGUCAGCCCCCGCCAAUACGGAUGGUUCCCAGUUGAUGAAAGAGCUGCUGGCAGCGUACCGCCGACUGAGAAACACACUUCGCGUUAAUGGUCUUCGCACCAACCACCUCAUUGAUGCUAAGGGUGAUAACGUCGGUGAGCUAUGUGCCAGCGACACUUUGGUAAAGUCAGUGGGUUUCACCAUCUCUUCUAUUGAAGUGCAGCAACGAGGUAUUGAGGCUCAACCUGGCAUGACACUUUUAGAAAAGAUCCCUGAACACAUCCUGACUCAUCUGAGAAUUUUGUCAGAGACUGUCUCUUCGUAUAUCGCUAUUGGGGCGCAGUCUGGUGGAGCUGAGAACAAGAUUGAAGAAGAGUUCAAGAAGGACAGUGAGAGGCAACAUUGCCAGCUGUUCAUGUCCCGAUACUUCGGUACCGGAACUCCUUAUGCUCGCCGUCCACUGGAUGUUUAUCCUCCACUGCUGAGUAUGGAUUCGUUCCUAUUUUUGGUGGAAUGCUCUUACGGCUUGGUGCCGCUUCAAAAAGCCGAGAUAUCGCACGUGCUUCGAUUGUGUUACUUGGCAGAGCUUGUCAAGCUGGUUUAUCACAUGGGUCGCAAUAUCCCUGUUGCAAGCUGGGUUGGCAACCUUACCAGCCGUCAAACACAAGACCCAGCCAUUAAUAACUUUGCUGAUUUUGCUCUUGGUGUCACAAAGACUGGUCUUGAAUAUCACGCUGCCCAGUUCCCUGAAGGUGUGGAGUUUGGUGAGAACCGAGGGUUCCAGCAGCCCGGCGUGGACACUCUGGAGAGCUGGUAUACAUUUUCGAAAAAGUACGCUCUCGCUUUUCUACGGAAGUGUGUCAUCUUUCUCUAUGUCAAGUAUGGUGUGGACUUCAACAGCCAUGUCUCGUCCAGCCCAGAAGCUGAUGAGCUAGAGCGCCUCACGGAGGCGCUAAAGUUGCCAACGUUUGACGAGAUGUGCGCUUCCAUAACAGACAACGCAUCUGCUUGUGGUUGGCCUCAGACGACUUCGGAGCUGGUGUCGGGUUGGGUCAAGCAUCAAGUUAUGUGGCCUGGUGACUACAGCGAAAUACCGCUCUCAGCGAUGAUGAGCCAUCCUGGAAUCUUUGAGCUAAUAGGACUUCCAAAGAACUACGAUGCUCUCAUUGACGAAGCUACCCGGCGAAAAUGUCCUACAACAGGCAAGGAACUUACGGAUCCUGUCAUUUGCCUCUUCUGUGGAGAACUAUCGUGUAGUCAAGGCACAUGUUGUCAGAAGACGGAUAGUUCUUCGGAUCGUGCGGAGUUCACCAAAAUCGGUGGUGCACAGCAGCACAUGCGAAAGUGUCAACGCAAUAUCGGUGUCUUCCUCAAUGUACGCAAGUGCUCGGUGGUGUACCUCUUCCGACUUUCAGGAUCAUUUACACCGGCGCCGUAUAUCGAUAAGUACGGAGAGACGGAUCCUCAGCUGCGUCAUGGCCGGCAGCUCUUCCUCAACCAAAAACGAUAUGACUCUAUGAUACGAAACACAGUGCUAAAUCAUGGAGUGCCGAGUUUGAUCAGCCGAAAAUUGGAGGCGGAGAUUAACAACGGAGGAUGGGAUACUUUGUAA